AUGGUUGGAGACAGAUGUGCUGGAGAGUACUGGUGCAGAGCUGGGAGAGGAGACCCAGUCUACUACACCCUGUACAGUGACCCAGUCCAGAUACAUGUUACUGGUGAACAUGUGGCUGUUCUGACCCUCCAACCCAACUGGACCCAAAUAUUCAUUAGAGAGACUGUUCCUAUGAGAUGUGACAUACAGGCAGGAGGAGACAGAUUGUAUAAGAAUAGUCAGUUAGUGAUCCUAUUUAACACAAAGCCUGAGUACAGAAUCAGUCCUGUCUACAUGUCUAACAGUGGUUCAUAUACCUGUGAGGGUGUAAAGGGAAACAAGUUCUCCAAGACCAGUGAUGAUGUACAACUGAAUGUGUCACAGAAACCUCAACCUGUCCUGAGUAUCUCUCCUCAGUGGCUGAACCCUGGAGACUCAGUGUCUCUGAGUUGUGAAGUUGACAAGAUGUCUACAGGCUGGAGGUUCUCCUGGUACAGGACUGUUCCCUACAGAGCUGGGUCACCCUCCCUAUCAGACAAGUCUUACUCUCUACAGCCCCUAUCUGACAAUGUGACUAGUGAAGACUCCUACACUCUGAUCCCUGCUGGUCCUACUCCCACAGGAGGAUAUGUGUGUAGAGCUGGGAGAGGAGACCCAGUCUAUGACACACUCUACAGUGAACCUCAGUUUCUCUGGUCAGGAUAUCUGCAGUCUUCAGUGUCUCUCAGAAUAAGUCCCAACACAACUCAACACUUUAGAUCAACGUCUCUCUCACUGAGCUGUGAGGAGAAGGGGAACUCUACUGGAUGGAGACUGAUGAGAUACACAGAGAGAGGAGUAGAGUCAGGGUGUGUCUCUAACUGGGGAUCAAUAACAGGGUCCACAUGUACCAUCAGGUCCACAUACACAUGGCACAGUGGAGUGUACUGGUGUGUGUCUGGAUCAGGAGAGUACAGUAAUGCUGUCAACAUCACAGUGCAUGCUGGUGAUGUGAUCCUGGAGAGCCCUGUCCAUCCUCUGACUGAAGGAGACUCUGUGACUCUGCGCUGCAAAUACAGGACAACCAGCUCAAACAUCAAGGCUGAUUUCUACAAAGAUGGAAUACUCAUCAAGAAUGAGACCACAGGAGAGAUGACCAUCCCUGCAGUAUCCAAGUCAGAUGAAGGAUUCUACAAAUGCAAAUCCCCUGACAAAGGAGAAUCACCAGAGAGCUGGAUGACAGUGAGAGCCGUAGCUCCUGGAUCCUCUACAUCAGUCCUAGUAGGAGUGGUUGUGGGUCUGGCUGUUGCUGGUGUUCCACUGGUCAUUCUCCUGGUCCUGCUACACCCCCAGCCCCAGUGCACCAACCAGGACCCCCAACAGGACCAAGGAUCUACCCAGGGUCAGGCUCCUGAUGCUGGGUAUACAUGUCUGCAGCAUGGUGGUGAUCACAUCUACGAUACGAUCAAUCGCUCAGAUAACAUUGACAAUGAAAAGCCAGCUGAUCCAAAAGGAAGUCCAGUCUACUCUGAGGUGAAGACAGGGAAAGCCACAACAGCUGGACCUGUUGAUGUGACCUAUGCUGAGGUUGUCCUCCAAAAGAAGAACAAAGCCAAGAAGAAGAGAAACAACAACCCCACCUGAGGCAGAUUCAGUCUAUUCUCAACUGAAGCCAGGCACAACCCCAGGUAAGACUAAUAUCCAUAUGCUAU